UCCCCUUUCGGUGACGUCACGCAGGAAGUAGGAAGUGGGAGCGUAUUGUGCGUUUACUAACUUCACGGGUUUGGUCUGGGUUACCUUUAGAAAAUGGGGCUGUUCGGUAAAACACAAGAGAGACCGCCAAAGGACUUGGUGAAUGAAUGGUCUCUCAAAAUCCGAAAAGAGAUGCGUGUCAUUGAUAGGCAGAUCAGAGACAUCCAGAGGGAACAGGAAAAAGUAAAACGCUCCGUUAAAGAUGCUGCCAAGAAGGGCCAGAAGGAUGUGUGUGUGAUCCUGGCCAAGGAGAUGAUCCAGUCCAAGAGAGCCGUUAACAAACUGUACUCCUCCAAAGCCCAAAUGAACUCUGUGCUGCUCAGCAUGAAGAACCAGCUCUCCGUGCUGCGCGUGGCGGGGGCCCUGCAGAAGAGCACGGACGUGAUGAAGGCCAUGCAGAGCCUGGUGAAGGUCCCCGAGAUCCAGGCCACCAUGAGGGAGCUCUCCAAGGAAAUGAUGAAGGCUGGGAUCAUCGAAGAGAUGCUGGAGGACACUUUUGAAGGCAUGGAGGAUGAGGAAGAGAUGGAGGAGGCAGCAGAGGCGGAGGUGGACAGGAUCCUCUUUGAGAUCACAGCAGGCGCUCUGGGUAAGGCUCCCAGUAAAGUGACAGACGAGCUGCCCGAGAUGGAGCCUGCGGGGCCUGCCCCCGUCUCGGAGGACGAACCGGAGGAGGACAUAGAGGAGAUGCAGUCCCGGCUGGCAGCCCUGCGCAGCUGAGAGCCUGGCGGCUCCAUGUGUGGAGACCUCUUCAGUGUGAGGGAGCUCCUGCUAGCGUCUCAGCCUUUCUGCCUCGUCCUCUCCUUUCUCAGAUCCUGCACUUUACCCGUUUCUGCUCGAUGAAUAUCGUUCUUGUCUGAGUUUUAUGGUAGACGAUUUGGUUCUAAAAACACUAGAAUUUAAAUGUACAAAAAUACUUGCCAUUGUGGCACUAUAUAUAUAUAUUAUAUCCUUUCUUGUGAAAGGUGUUGUGGAAAAGGAUGCAUGCAAAGUUCUUGGUAGUAUUUUUUCCACAAAUUGAAUCGGAAGACUGAUGGAUGUUUUGAACUCUAAUUCACAAAUUUAUACAUUCUUAUACAUUUCUAAAGUUUCAAUAUUAUUGGGCAUCUUCAUCUUGAAAGUUGUAAGUGUAACUGCAGAGAUUUUAUUUUGAUAUUCCAUUGGUUUGAAUUUCCAUUUAAAAAAAAAAAGAUGUGAGGUUUGGGAUGAAGAAAUGCUCCUGCAAGUUUGCGUUUUGAAAUACAGUAAUCUUGAUUUGAAACCGCCACCUUCUAAAGUGAUUUAAUUUUCAGGUUCAAGGGAAAAGACCACAUAUUCUUUUGACAAAUGGAAUGUUUGCAAAACAUUGCGUCUUCCUUGUAAAAAUGAUAAAAUAAGAUGUAACUGCUUCAACAAUA